AUGGCCAAUACCACCAGAUCCGGUGGUCACAAACAGCUCGGUAAAGUUGCGGUCGCCGGGUAUAGGAUGGGUACCUUUCUGAAGGAGUUCGAUGAGGUUUUUGAUGGUAAUGCGACCCAGGAUAGCGGCGAUGGCAAUGAUGCUUCCAAAGAGAGAAAUAGCACUAGCUCUUAA